CUCCGUCUGUUUCUGUGGUCGAAUCACACUCAGCUGCGUUGCUCGACGGCGAGAUUCGCAACCGCCCGCGCCCAUCUUUCGACUCAUCGCUCUCCCUUCCAUCGUCUGGCCUGCCUUCGGACUCUGCACUCUUCUCUCAGGUGUCAUCCCCGUCGUCGAUUGUUUUAUGCCUUCUACAUCAUUUCCCAGCCUGACACAAACGAGGCGGUUUCUCGACGACUCGAACCGAGCACUGACGCAGAAUUUGACCAAACGGAACCCCCCCGUCAUCUUUCGUUCCAAGUCAGGGGUGGGCAUUUUCCCUCAAAAUCCUAACGCAGGAUUCCCCAGUUUUGUGACAACUCCCGAGAGCUCGCUUCAACGAUUUCGGGUCGGUGAAUAAACCCCAGACCAGGUCCUGCCUGCUUCUUUUCCCGCCUGUUUCCUCCAAAAUCAUCCAACCUUGAUCCUCACAGUUCGAACACGACGGCCCGCUUCGCCAUCAGCUCGCCAAAAACCUUCCUGCCCACCCUCUCGCAAAGCUCACUUGGGCUCUUUGCUUGAUUGAUUUCAUUCUGUAGGCGGCAUCGGGGCCCAAUCUGUACCGACUACUACACCUCGCACACAAAUCAAAUCCCCGCAACACCAGCAACAGCAACAACGCGGCCUAGCUCUCGGGCUACGCCUCCAUGCUCCAUCAUGUCUUCUAAAGACCGUGACGUCGACCUCGACGUUGAUCGGCCCCCGCGCGACAAGACCGAUAAGUCGGAGAAGAAGGCCUCGAGAAGCAAGUCGGAGCGCAGUAGCAGACCCGAUAGAGAAAAGGGCGACAGAGAGCACCGCUCCCACCGCGUGAGCUCGCGCUCCUCUAGAUCCAAGAUGGCAGACGGCAGCGGCCUCGGAAGUGACCUCAAUUCCCACUCUCACCGUCGCCACCGCACCCGCGAAGAACGAGACCGCGAUCGAGAGAGGGACCGCGGCCACGACCGCUCCGCCUCCAUGACCGACCUUGUCCCCGAAAUGUCUCGCACCUCGCUCACCGGCCCGGCCUCGACUGACCGCAUCUCGAUGCCCUACCCGACCUUCAGCAAGGCGCAUAGCAAAGAGGCCGUCCGCGGCAGUCGCGAGGAUGUGUCCGAGUCGGCCGUGGGCCCCACGAGGAGGAACGACCCCUUCACGCCCGAGGCAACGGACCUGGGCGGCAGCGAACUCAAGCGAUCCAUGAGCGUCGAGCAUUCCGACAAGCAGCGCAAGGUUUCGUCCAAGAAGGAGUCGAGGCCCCCUAGCCCGCCCGAAACCGACUUGUCGGGUAAGAGACGCUCAGGCACCCCUGAGGAGUCGUCUAAGAAAAUGCGCGAGGAACGCUCAAGCUCGAGGCUCAGCGGAGACUCGUCCAAGAGAGACCGGGAGGAUAGGCCAAGCUCGCGCCUUAGCGGCAUCUCACGAUCGGGCUCCAGAGCAGACGACAAGUCUCGGCUGAGCUUCAAAUCCAAGACGAGUAGCCAGGCUACCUACGUCAAGUCGCCGGCGUUCCCCCCUGGUGUGCAGGAGAGUUUAAACAUCAAGCCGAGCGCUUCCAGAUCCUCUUCGAAGCGGAGUUCGUCGAGCAAGAAGAGCCGGAGACCGGAGUACUACGACGGUGACUCGUCCCCCGAGAGCCUCCAGGAUUCGUCUCCCAGAACCCCGACACAGGCGCCACCCUUCCCGCCACCCUUCGCUGUGCAUGACAAGCCCCCAGGGCCUCCUCAGGUUUACCCCGAGAACGACAUCACUCCGUCCGCAACACCAAUGACCGAUAUGGGUCCCCCGACCGACCCUCCUCCCCCGCCGCCGCCGCCGCCGCCGCCACCCGUUGACGUCCAGGAAGCACCGCGCGUCGACUAUCUUUUGCAAAAUGGCGGACUCAUACAACCGAUUCCCAAGACAUUUCUCUCCGUCCUGCCCCGGCAAAAUGGCGCCAGGCCAUCUAACCCACCCCUGGUUGGCCCGCAGACUUUGUUCGCGCCAUUUUUCAACCUUUUGGACCAGUAUAAUUCGGUCCUCAACCGUAACGGUUCCGUGGCAGUCGCGACCGGUCACCGAUCAGUAGCUCGGCGUCUGCUGGACCGUCUUGAAAACGUGUUCUCGAGAGAGCUCCCCGAGCACGGAUGCACCUGUGUGGUCUGCGAACGGGGUCCCGAUAUUCAGCAUCGCGGUUUGGGCUGGGGGGAAGUUCUUGAAUGGGUCAGCGGUCGUAUCGAUCUUCCCCAGUGGCCGCCGUUCGACCUGGCAAGCUUGGGGUCCAAGGCUGCGGAGGUGUCCGCGGAGUUGCCACCCCGGCCCGACUCGCCGGUCAAGAUCGAUCCUGACAUCGCCGAGGAAUUUCGCGAGCACUAUCUCAGACAGUCUAAGAAGGUUAGGGGGGCUGUGGAUAAGUGGCUCAACACUUGCGGUGAAACGGCGGCGCCACCGCCUCAGGACGUAGAUGACGAGACUCUGACGUUUGCCAUACUGACGAACUUGGACCCUGAAGACCAACCCUACUUCAAUGCCAUACUUGUGGGUUCCAACCAUCCCAAGCCCGCAACAAGAGCACCAACGCCGUUGCACCGCGCGCGCCCUGACCUCCUCGUCAGGACAGGGUUAGCUCUGCAACGUCUCUACCGGUUGACGCAAGUGCCGCGAGACGCCGAGGUCGCCAUGUACCUCGUCAAGAACCCUCACACCCACGACCUUCUCGUCACAAUGUCCGAUAUCAACACGCAAGAAUGGGAAAUCUUGACUUCUGGCAGGUUCGACGGUUUCCUCUGGUCCGGAGCCGAUGGCGACGAUGGUUCUACUCCCACAGCUGAAUCGCGCGGCGCCACCCCCGCGAGCAACUACGUCCCCUCUAGACCUUCUACGAUGAGCCCGGGCGUUCGAGGAACGCCAGGCUUCCCAGGAUCUCGCAAUACGACGCCGUUCUCGGCCUACUCCCGCGGCGCCACUCCGGCGUCUUUCGUUAGCAACGCGUCGUCCGCGGCGGCGAAUCGUCAAGCAGUAUCACGGGACGAGGAGAUGGAGAUGGCCGUCCUCGCAGAGGUGGAGCGGGAGAUUUAUCAGGGCAUGGAAGCGCUAGAAGAUGCCUUUGAGGCGCUCCACCUCAAGGCUGAAGUCGUCCGGACGGGCUUGCGCAACCGCGGCGCCGGUCUGAUGCACAGCCUCCAGAGCCGCCGGCGCAUCGACGUCCUCCCUAUCCCGGGCUCCGGUAACUCGCAAUCAUCGGGCUACGAGCGCCCUAGUUGGGCGCAGGGCGAUUACGACGCCAACAGCGACAGCGAGUGGGGAGGCGACGAUUUUGAGCUCGCCCCAGACGACUCGGCGAGCAACAUCAGCAGCUCGCGGCACCGACGGCCCAAGAGGCGGACCGAGAGGAGGACGCCGGCGCCGAUAGAGGAGGAUGAAGAGGAAAACUGAACUCUCGAAGGAAAUAAAUGAUGAUGGAUGGGAAAUGAGAUUUUACGAAUCACCUUGAUGAAAUGGGAGGGAAAUGCUUCCGCGUCCAAGUCAUGAAAAACGAUUGGAAAAGAGAAAAUGAAAUGAUGAUGCCAAAGUCCUUGAAGCCAAAUGUUCUUUUGAUGCUGCGUGCUGUGGGACACCAAAGGAUGGAAGCUGUUUGCGAUCCGGACUGAUGCCGUUGUUGAUGUCGGAAUAUCAGACUACGCCGGCUUGUCAUUACUGGAUAACGGGGACGCGUA